CUCGCUACGCGGACCUGUGGCGUACGCGUACCACUCCGAGACAGCAGGCGCGUGCGAGAGCAGCCCGGCGAGGAUGGGGCGGAUCCCGUGCUGCGAGAAGGACAGCGUCAAGCGCGGGCAGUGGACGCCCGAGGAGGACAACAAGCUGCUCUCCUACAUCACCCAGUACGGCACGCGCAACUGGCGCCUCAUCCCCAAGAAUGCCGGACUGCAGCGAUGCGGGAAGAGCUGCCGGCUCCGGUGGACCAACUACCUGCGUCCCGACCUCAAGCACGGUGAGUUCACGGACACCGAGGAGCAGACCAUCAUCAAGCUGCACUCCGUCGUUGGCAACAGGUGGUCGGUGAUCGCGGCGCAGCUGCCGGGUCGGACGGACAACGACGUCAAGAACCACUGGAACACCAAGCUGAAGAAGAAGCUGUCCGGGAUGGGCAUCGACCCCAUCACGCACAAGUCCUUCUCGCACCUCAUGGCCGAGAUCGCCACCACGCUGGCGCCGCCGCAGGUGGCCCACCUCGCCGAGGCCGCGCUGGGGUGCUUCAAGGACGAGAUGCUCCACCUCCUCACCAAGAAGCGCCCCACCGACUUCCCGUCGCCCGCGGUGCCCGACAUGUCGGCGAUCGCGGGCGGCUCCGGCGUCGCGGCGCCCUGCGGCUUCCCGGCGCCGCCCCAGACCGACGACACCAUCGAGCGCAUCAAGCUGGGCCUGUCCCGCGCCAUCAUGAGCGAGCCCGCCGCGCCCCCCGGCAAGCAGGAGCAGCCCUGGGCGCCGGCCGACUUGCCGGAGGGGCUGCCGGGGAUGUACGCCACGUACAAUCCCGCCUCGCACGGACACGAAGAGUUCCGCUACGACAACGGGACAGUGCCGGAGUACGUCCUCGGCGGCGGCGGCGGCGCGGACCAGGGCACGUCGAUGUGGAGCCACCAGAGCAUGUACAGCGGGAGUUCGGCCACGGAGGCCGCGCCCAGGCCGGCGGAGGUGUUGCCGGAGAAAGGCAACGACAGCGUCGGGAGCAGCGGCGGCGGCGAGGAGGCGGACGACGUCAAGGACGGCGGGAAAGGCGGCUCCGAUAUGUCCGGCCUGUUUGGAUCCGACUGCGUACUUUGGGACUUGCCCGACGAGCUGACCAAUCACAUGGUGUGAUCAAUACCGUUCGUGCGAAGUCGCCGGGAUCAAAGAGCGUUUCAUCAAAGGAGAAGAAGAAGAAGCACCAGAACAAAAUAUUGCCAAAAGGUUUCAUAAACUCGAAUAAGGAAUACGGAAAUCAUGUAUAUAAUUUUGUCAUUUGAUUAGAAGAAAUGUGCAUGUAGAACCGAGGAGACCAUUCAAUUUUAGUUUGGACUCCUCUGUUUCAGGAGCAAGUGCUCAGAGUAACGACAGUAACAGUGCAAAAAAACCGCAAAAUGUUGUCUCCAAUUCAACUCGAGUUGUCUAAUCAUGUCACUAUACAAAGGAAUUUCCCCCAUUUUCCCUGGAUUCCUUUGA